AUGCUUUUUACAAUCAUUUUAAUAUUUGUAUCUUUUAUAUCAUAUAAAAUUUAUCAAAAAUUGAGAGUACCCGAAGGACUUAAAAAUGUACCAACAUUAAGCUUCUUGGAACUUGUUUUAUUUAUGUUGUCUAAGGAUGGUCCUGACAAACGUUGGGAAAAUACACGUAAAGUUUGCGAGAAGGAAGGAAUUGGAAAACUUUGGUUCAACGGAGAAUGGCAUAUCGUUACAACCAAUUUGGAACUUAUAAAGGAUUUAAUGGCGAAAACAGAUUUGUAUCCUAAAUCAUCGCUCGAAGAAUCAAGUCCUGGAUCUUUAGCGGCUCAAUACUAUGGUACAAACUUAGUUUGGAAACGCCAUCGCCGUAUUACAAACCCUGCUUUUAAAAGUCUACCCAUGCACGUGUUUGAUGACUCUGCUGUGAAAUUGCUGAAAGUCAUCGAAAAAGUUGAUAAUGAGCCCAUAGAAGUCAAUGGUCUUAUGCAUAGGCUGACUUUAGACGUUCUUGGACGAGCUGCUUUUGGAUUUGAUUUUAAUAAUCUUGAAGAUCCAACAAACAUUUAUGUUACUACUUAUCAUGAAGUGACAGCAGAAUGUGAUAAUCCAAUAUAUUUUCUUUUCCCGUUCAUUGAAUAUCUCCCAUAUUUUGACCGUACUGAAGCGCGUAAAAAAGUCGCAAAGCUUAAUGAUUUAUUUAAUAGAAUUAUUGAAACGAAACGGGAAUCAAUGAAAACGGGAGAAUUGAGUAAAAAAAUAGAAAAUAAUUCCGCUGACUUGUUAGAAUGUAUGAUAAACGCUUCUAACGAUCCAAAAAAUUACAUGUCAGAUGAAGAAAUGCGACAUAAUCUUGCGAUAUUUAUGUUGGCCGGUCAUGAUACGACUGCAACUGCUUUAUCAACCAUCUUAUAUGUCUUAGCCAGCAAAAAGGAUUUGCAAAGAAAAGUUCGUGAUGAAAUAUUACACGUUCUUGGAGAUAAUUUAACACCAACCAUAGAACAACAAAGAGAAUUAAAAUAUAUGACCAUGGUUAUAAAUGAAAACUUGAGAUUAUAUCCUCCAGUUCAUCAAUUGCCACGAAGAGAAAAUGCAGAGAUUAUUAAAUUUCGGAAUCAUGUAUUUUUGCCCAAAACACCCAUAUUCAUAAAUAUUUAUGGAAUCCAUCAUUCACCAGGAAAUUGGAAGGAUCCUGAAGAAUUUAUUCCUGAAAGAUUUGAGAACGAGCAUGAAAAACGCGAUCAUCAUACUUGGUUAACUUUUGGUGGUGGUACCAGAUCAUGUAUUGGUACUAAUUUUUCACUUAUUGAACAAAGAGUGAUGUUGUGUGCUUUAUUAAGAAAAUAUGAGAUAUCUUUACCAGCAGAUAGUAUUCAUAAAGAUAAAUUACAUCUUAGACGUGCUAAUGGUUCAAUAACGGGACUACAUCCAAUCGAUUUAAUAUUUAAAAGGACAGAAUAA